GCGGCGCUGCAGCGCGACGAGCUCUUACCGAAGAACACGAGCGAGAGAGAGCGCUGCUUCUUCUAUCAGAGCAGAGGACACCGUGCGUCCGUUUUACGUUCAAUUUAUUCAUUUGGCGUAGAUUUUUAAAGUAGUUUCUACUGUUUCACAUUUACAUUUAGAGUAUGUAAAAUGGCCGCGAAUCCGCCCGGACAAGUAGGUUUUCAAAACAAAAACAGGGUUGCUAUUCUAGCUGAGCUGGACAAGGAGAAGAGACGCCUCAUACAGAGCCAGUCUAUGAAUAACCCAGGAGCCAGCAUUCCCCUCUCUCGACCAGCAGUAAAGGAGUUCAGGGAUCAGGCCGAACAGCAGCACAUUGCAGCACAGCAGAAAGCAGCGUUACAGCAUGCACAUGCACACUCAUCCGGCUUCUUCAUCACUCAGGAUUCCUCCUUUGGUAACCUUAUACUGCCUGUGUUGCCCAGACUCGACCCGGAGUAAAUAAACUUUAGCUAUAAGGACUGACUUACUGUUUUGGAAAAACGUGCUACUCGAAGCUCUAAUAUGGACAUGCUAGAUGACUUAGAUUUUUCAUUAAUGUAAAGGUUUUUGUUUUUUAGAUUGCUGUAUGCUAGUCAGUAUUUUUACAUAAAAUGGAGAAAACGUAACUAUU